AUGAACCGCGCUCUGCAGUUGUUUCGUCCACAACUGACCUCCGUCAGGUUAUGCUCAGGCCUUACGAAAAUACCGGCUCCUGGUCAGGUUACUAAAGAGAACGCGCAGUUCGACGAAGUCACGCACACAGGACAGGCUUGGGAUCAGGCUGAUUAUCGUCUGCAGCGGUUUGACCUCUCGAAGAAACAGGUCAAUCCGAACAUUGCUAUGAACUUGAUCGCAGAACGUCCCGCUCAGGACUGUGGUAAUGAACGUAUCGUCUGUUGCGAUGGUGGGCACCCAGCUCUAGGACAUCCCCGAGUAUUCAUAAAUCUGGACAAACCUGGAGUUCAUGCCUGUGGUUACUGCGGAAAUCGUUUCUACAACUCACAUAUCACUAAAGGCGACGAUAUGAAGAUCGAACACUUGAACUGCUAG